AUUUCACAUAACCUCAAACUUUACGUUGAAACGUGCUUGUUUGUCAAUAAUUUCGUAGAAGUUUUUUUUGCAAAGGAAUCAUUCUUGGAAGCUAGCAACCAUGGCUUUGAAACGCCUUAAGACCAAACAAUCAAAACGUCUUCCUGCCCGACAAAAAUACAAAAUUUUGAAAAAGAUUCGCGAACAUAAGCGAAAAGUAAAGAAGGAAGCUAGAAAGCAACCGAAAGGUAAAGGUACCAAGCAAAAGUUGAUACAAAUACCGAACGUGUGCCCGUUCAAAGAGGACAUACUCAAAGAAGUGGAAGCCGCCAAGAAGUUACAAGAGGAAGAAAAGCUGAAACGACGCGAAUUGUUGAUGGAAAACCGAAAGCAGGAAUCUCGUAAAAAUAUGAUUGAGACAGCUGCCCAACGCGAUGCAAUCCACGAAGCACGAAACAUUGAUGGAAUCGAAGAGGAGAAUGAAUACAAAACUGAACAAACUGUCAAGGAGAACUCACUGAAGGCGUAUUUUAAAGAAUUUCGUAAAGUUAUCGAAGCGGCCGAUGUGAUUCUGGAAGUCGUUGAUGCCCGUGACCCGUUAGGUACUCGUUGUGCCGAAGUUCGGCAAUCUGUUGAAUCUGCUGGCGGAAAUAAGAGACUCGUUGUGGUUCUGAACAAAGCCGAUCUUGUGCCCAGAGACAAUUUGAACAAGUGGUUGAAAUACUUGAGAAGAACCGGUCCGGCUACUGUAUUCAAAGCGUCCACACAAGAUCAAAACAGCAGAUUGGGACGACGGAAACUAAAUCAGAGCCAGAGCGAAAAUGCUCUGAAGGGUUCGUCUUGCAUUGGUGCUGAGUUGCUGAUGUCAAUGUUAGCAAAUUAUUGUCGCAACAAAGGGAUUAAGACAUCUAUUCGAGUAGGGAUUGUUGGUAUACCGAAUGUUGGUAAAAGUUCGAUCAUUAACUCGUUGACAAGAGGCAAAGCCUGUAGUGUUGGCUGUACACCCGGUGUGACGAAAGUGAUGCAGGAAGUUGAGCUUGAUUCCAAAAUAAAACUCAUCGACUGCCCUGGAAUCGUUUUUCAACAGAGCAAGACACACGACAACGUUGCAGCAAAUGUGUUGAAAAAUGCCCAACGGGUUACAGACGUUAAGGAUCCGUUCACAAUUGCCGAAUCCAUUCUACAACGUGCGUCGAAAUCGUAUUUUUGCAAUCUGUAUGACAUCAAAGAAUACGACACACCCGAAGAGUUUUUCGCCAAAAAGGCAAUGCGAAUGGGUACGUUUGGCUGUUUGUGUCCUUGGGCGAUCGAAGCAAUUAAUUUAAUUCCUUUUGAUUCAGGUAAAUUCUUACGUGGUGGUGUACCAGAUGCGAUAUCAGCUGCCAGAGGACUGCUAAACGAUUGGAAUACCGGAAAAAUCAAAUAUUGCACACAACCGCCGGAAGACAGUACAUCGGUUCACAUUAGUGCCAGUAUAGUCUCAAGUGACGCGAAAGAAUUCGAAUUGGAUGCACUCGAUGCUAUGGAAACGGAUGUGAUGAACAAUUUUGCCGCAUCCAUCGAUAACAUAAUGGACUAUAAACCGGAAGUGGAUGUUUCCACGUUGAAAACACAGAUCAUUGAACCAAUCAAAGAUGAAGCAAUGGACGAACCACAGGCUAAACGGGGUAGACGAGAAGCACCAGAAGAACUUGAAGGCAAUCAAAAGCUGAACAAAAGCAUUAAGGAACAGCAGAAGAAAAAUAGGAAGCGCAAACAGAAGGCAGAGAAAAAAGUGGACAGUGUUGCUGAUGUUCUAGAAAACUUUACAUUCGGAAAGAGCGAUGAAGCUUAUGAUUUCGAUAAUGAUUAUGUUAUGUAAAGACAAUAAAGCCAAUUAACAUUUCAA